UCCUGUAUUUUGCUGUAGAAAAUAGGUAAGAGUCAGCAGAUUAACUUCAUUGUGCUACUGUGAGAAACACUAAAAUAGACACUGGUGCUGUUGGAGAGAAAGACAAUUUAAAAAAAUAAUAAUCCCAAAUGGGGUGAAAUAGCAGAGUCACUCUAUGCCAUCUUAAUAAAAUAGUAAUAAUGAACUAUUAUAAAAUAGUCAUAUCUGCUACUUCAGUUACAGUAGCAACUGUCACUGUUUUGUACAAUAUCUACCUCUUCAUCUUUCAACUGUGAUAUGGAAAUCAGGGUGUAGCAGUUGUCAAAUUUAGGGAAAAAAGGUUAAACAUAAAAUGGAUUAUUUAAAAAGCAACAAUGUAAACUUUCCGUUUAAAUAUCUUGAAAUAAUAAAAAUGAAAUCCAGCAUUUAUUUUUCAAUUUUUAAAGUUUAGUUCUUAAUCAAGGAAUUUAAAAUAAUGGAGGGACAAUUUGAAAAUAUGCAAAAUAAGAGUAAAAGCUGUGCUUCUCUGUUUUAUUGUCUGCUGUACGUAAUGGGGAGACUCACAGUAUGAUGCCCCCUUGUGGCUACCCACAAAAUAAAUAAAAGUGCAGAAACUCUUCAAACAGGUGGCACAUUUAGUGAUCCAACUGACAGGCAUCAAACACUUCUGAAAUCAAAUAUAUAUUUAUUGAAUCAGUAUCUUGAGAAAUAUUAUUUUCAACAAAUCACUGUUGGGGGAGAGGGAGGAAGCAAGACACUUGUCUGUUCCCUUUUCAUUUAAACUGUGAAAUGUAUUUUCCACAAGUAGAUCCUGUUUUAAUAACUGAACACUUGAUUAGGUAAUGUUAAGUUUGCUGCAAGUGUAGUUUAAUAACCCUCUACACUUUAAAUAUUUUAGUAUGCAAAUAAACCAUUAAUAUCCUCAUAAAUUUGCAAAUGCAUAUAUUGUUAUGCCUGGAGGGGAAAUAAAUCAGGAUUUAUUGGUAUCACUUACACUACAGUUUCUUAAAAGUAAAGCGCUGUUGUCCAGACAAAAUGAACUUUAACUCACUUGCCCAUGUGCUGAUUAUUUUUAUUUAGCCUGGCAGUAGCUUCAUAAAGUUGUGAAUCUAGAUAUACGCACAGGAGAGCACAGCAUAGAAUCAAAAGACCUGUAUAUGUAUUUUUUCCUCUAGUUGUUUCUUUGCUGUACUAUUACCAACUGGUAUCAGAACAAUUUGAGUGUUUGAGCAAAGGACAUGUAGAUAAUGUUGAUCUUUUCCUGUAUUUUUAAAAUGCUGUCUCAUAAGCUUAGUAGAUGCUUCAGCCUACUAUACUAAUAGUACACACAAAACAUAUUUAAGAUGGUACAUUGUAGCACUUCUGAGAGAGCCCUCACUUCAUCCUGACCACUGAAUGUUUUGUUUUUGGUUCUAUCCUUCAGUAUCUCUUCAUGAAAGAUUAUAUCAAAGAAUGAAAUUAUAAUUGAUUGGUGUUAUUGAUUUUUUUUUUUAAAGAGUCUAAUGGGUGAUGGAAACAGUAUAUGCCUAUGUGCUAUUUUACUGGUGGCCUAUUUUUUUUAAAUUUAAAAAGCAUAUGAGCCCAAUUUACAUAUUUACUAAUUAAAAAAGCUUCCUGGAAACAUUAAGUAGACUAUCUUCUGUAACCUUUAACAUUGUAGCUAAUGGAUAUAGCCUGGAAAUUUUCAUAGAAGGUUCUCUAAAUAAUGUAAAAUGAUUAUGAAUAUGUAACUAGUUAAUAUGCAGCUAUGAAAGGAUUAUCAUGUAGAGGUUAAUGAACAUGCUGCUCUUAUGGUUUGCAGGGUUUUUCUUUUUGUGCUUUUAGCUCACUUCAUGCAUGGAAAGUCAUGUAUUGGGAAUGGAAAGCUUCCUGUCUUUUCUUUUUUUUGUAGACUCAUCUUUAAUGGGGCAAUUAAGCAGGAACUUCCUUGAAGGAUUUUGUAAACAUUUUUGUGCACUUAAUUAUGUUGUGUGCUUUGCAAUCUAUCAAAUCUGAAACAGUGAAAUAUGUACAUAUAAUCUUAUCUGAUUUUUCUACUUGUAAAAACAGUACUCUCUGUAUUACUUACUGUUAUGAAAUGUUGCUACUGUGUGGGACAUACAAGGGAAGCUUAAUUUUAAACUAGAUUUGUAUAUUAUGGAUUAAUAAUAUGGUUUUCUGCAUAUGUAUCAUCUAGAAAUCUUCCUCUUUGUGCCUAGCAUUUUAAAAAAACUAGCAAAUAUUUUAGGUAAGAUUAUUUUAUAGAAAUUAAAUUUAGGAUUUAAAAUGACAGGUCUUCAGUGCCUAAGGACAUUUAACCUUGGUGUUAAGCACAGCCAACUGGAUGGCUGAAUUUGUCCCAACAUGUAGGGUUAUUAUGAUAGCAGUGAGGCCACACAUGUAGCACUAAAUCUUCAGCCCUUACACAUUUGAAUAAUUUUUAGCUCUCAAAAGAGUCCUAUUCCCAUUUCAGGCAAAUUUUCCUCUUAAUUGCUUUCAAAUGUUAGCAUUCUUUUGUCCAUGUAAGAAAUAUAUUUGCAAAAUGUCUGAAAAAUGUUAUAUUGAGGAGAUGUCUAGAUAUGUUUAAUUGCCUCAUAGCCUCUUUGCAUUUCAUGUAAUUGAGUGAAAUUGUCUUUUUACUUAUCAAUGUGUUAUAGGAAGUUCUGUAUGUAUUUAAACAAAAUGUCCAUGCAAUUGUGGUACAACAGACCAGCAUCAUAUUGACUGUAUAUACUGUAUGUAUAGUGUCUCUUAUUACUAAACUGAGGGACUCUCUCAACUUAAUAUUUCAAAGUAUACAGUCUUAAAAUAUUUUGAUUUGAUUAAUUUUUAGUUUCUUUGGGAACCCUGUAUUUUGAAGAAAAAAGUGAGCUGCUCAGAUCAUAACUGUUUCUUUUAAAAAGAAAAUGGAGGUGGUCACUAGCUGCCAAGAAAAAAUCCAGCACUGGAAGAAGGUGGAGAAUGACUAUGAGGCUCUUCAAGAACGUCUCAAUACAUUGCCUGAUAAACUGUCUUAUGAUAUCAUGGUACCUUUUGGUCCCCUUGCCUUCAUGCCAGGAAAACUUGUCCAUACCAAUGAGGUCACUGUUCUGCUUGGGGACAACUGGUUCUCCAAAUGCUCAGCUAAGCAGGCGAUUGGCCUAGUUGAGCACAGAAAAAAACACGUAAGGAAAGCACUGGAUGAUCUGCAAAAAGUUAUGAAGAAUUUUGAAUCUAGAAUUGAAUUCACAGAAGAUUUGAAGAAGAUGAGUGAUGCAGCAAGUGAUAUAGUUGAUAUAAGAGAAGAAGUUGAAAAUGAUGGCACUGAAACAAAAGGAAAACGCAGAACUGCUCACAAGCCUCAUUCAAAGCCAAAAGUGUCAGACAGUUUUGAGGUUAAGUGUCAAGAAAAUGGUAUGGAUACAAAGACUAAGGGUUUUUCCCAAUCUGAUGAGGAACUGUGGGCCCGAUUAGAAGAGCUUGAGAGACGAGAAGAGAUGCUGGAUGAACUUGACAGGACACCUCUUACGGUUGAGGCAAAUGGAGAAGAUACAACCUCCUCUGAAGAGGAGAAAGAUGAUAAGACAGAUCUGAAUGUGGUACACAGAGUGGAAGACUCUACUACUCAGGACACUAUACAGAAAGAAGUAACAAAUUCAGAAUUGUUCAGUGGCCAAGUUAAUGGCCCAAAUCAUUAUAACAGUGAUGAUGAAGAUGACUUAGGAGUUGCAGAUGAUUCUGUGCCAACUAUAUUUUUCUCUCAUACUGUUGAACCUAAAAGGGUAAGAAUAAACACAGGAAAAAAUACUACUUUGAAAUUUAGUGAAAAGAAAGAAGAGGCCAAACGUAAAAGGAAGAAUAGCAAUGGCAAUGGACACUUGGCCCCAGAACUGCCUAACAUCAGAACACCUGCAGAUAUUUACCGAGUCUUUGUUGAUGUUGUGAAUGGAGAAUAUGUUCCUCGUAAAUCAAUUUUGAAGUCUCGAAGCAGAGAGAAUAGUGUUUGUAGUGAUACCAGUGAGAGCAGUGCUGCUGAGUUUGAUGACAGACGAGGAGUUCUGAGGAGUAUUAGCUAUGAUGAAGCUACUUACAGUGACAACAGUGAAGGAAUCUUGGAGGAGGAGGAGGUGGAGGAGGGGCAUGAGCAUCUUCCAAAAAAACUUUCAACCUUAUCAGGAACAUUUGAGGCUUUUUCUGGAACUGUGAUAGAAAAAGAGCCUUUGUCUCCCUUAAUACCACACCCAAGCAUUGCUUACCCUGUCCUGCCUACCAUUCCGGAGCGAAAAUCAGAGGAAGUUCUGUCUGAGGCAUCAGAAGAAACUACAAAGAGGAUUUCAAAAUUCAAAGCUGCCAGAAUGCAACAGACAAACUAGACCCUGCUGCCGAUGCAGUGAAAGUUUGAAUAUUAACGCUUAGUUUCACAUUUUGUUGAGAUUAUGUAAAACUAUGUGAAUUACACCUAGUUAGUAAAAGGUAUCUUAUGUUAAUUUGGCAUUGUUUAUCUUUUAGACCUCUAUUGGUGAUAUUUUAAAAAAAGUGAUUGAACACUUCAAUAUUAAGAUUAUUUUGUCAGUUUCCCUGUAUGCUGUCAGCACCUUUGUAUAUGUUUGCCUUAUGAGAACAGCACUUGAAAUUAUUUUUCAAAGAUUUCUCUUCCUAUACCAUCGGUUUUAAGUUUAAACCUAACUGUACAGGCAGUUUUGUACCAACUGUGAUGUCCUACUUACCAUAUGGACAGUUUUAAAGACACUUUUCAAAUUUCAAAUUGAUUCAGCAAUUAUGUGUCAUUACUUGCUUUAGCGUUUUAAGACACUCUUGUAUCCACGUUGUUGUAGGUACCUGCUAAAAUUGAGUUUUUUUCCUUCUAUUAAACGUUGCUGAUAUCUUACUGUAAAGAGCUAUAAAACAGAACGGCGUGUUCAUACACAUUGCAGGGAAGUUUCUUUCAUGGAAAAUGGUAUUUUGUAAAAUUAAACUUUUCAAGUAAAAAAA